AUGCAGCCAACUCGCGUUUUUGAGAGACAUCUAGUUUUCAAAGCAUACAGAAAACCUGGUUUCGUUAAAACAAGGCCGGGUGGCAGCCAGGAUGUACAGGCUCCCGAAACCCAGAGGCUGAAUAAGCUCCUGAAUGGAGGCCUAUACUAUAUGCAGGUCGUGGGAAAUGUCCGAGAACGAGACUUUGGCUCUGUGACAGCUUCUACUUCUUCGCCAUCAGAUGCUCUUGCCCGAGGUUCGGAUGAGGGCGGUGAGGGCACUCAGCAUGGUCAGGAAGCAUUGCCGCCGACGACGACAAGGAAUGGAGCUGCUGCCGCCGCCGCUGCCGCGAAAGGGGGCUAUAUAGCGGCGGAUCAGUCAUGGAGAUUGGAGUUCAAGGAUACCCCGGAGGCUGGGGCUAGAUUCGGUGUCACGACACGGUUUGUGGAGAAUUCGAACCUCCCUUCUGGGAAUAUCCUUCCUGAGAUGAAUGCUUGGGGAUUUAACUACGUCUCUGAAUACGUUGUCGAAGGCCAUAGAUUUAUCCUAGACGACAUAGUAUUAUUUCUGCAUCAUCAAAUGCUGCUGCUGGACACGAGCGGUGCAUAUAUUUUACAGGCCUCUAUUACAGUUCAGGACAGCGGGAAUCCAGACAUGUUGAAGGCGAAUUCUCAACGACUUUUGGGGUUGAAAGAGCAUUUGAAAUCUGUUGUGAAGCUGGAGCCUAAAGAUAGGCUUUCCCUUGAUACGAGGUCAUCAGCUAUCGAAUCCCAUAAAAUGAAGAGUGCCUAUGGACUGUGUAUCUUCCGUCUCUUCCUAAAUCGAAAGAGCCCCGAUGGCGGAGACAUCUCUCCACCUCCGCUCAAACGCAAAGCAAUAGGAACAGCGACCAUAAUUGACAACUCCUUAUCACAAAAGAAACCGGAGCAAGUCACAUGGAGGACUGUGAACAAUAGUUGCAUUAUCGGAAAAUACCACCAAGAGCAAGCUCUGGAGGCGGUUAAAUCUGGCAAGAAACGACGUAUUGCCGCCUUCGAUCUCGAUUCGACUCUGGUCGCAACUAAAUCCGGCAGACGAUUUCCAACAAACGAGCGUGAUUGGAAAUGGUGGAGUCCAAGUGUACCCGACAAGCUGAAGCAGCUGAACGAUGAAGGGUAUCUGGUUGUUGUUUUAUCGAAUCAGAAAGCCAUAAGCUUGAAAAAGGAUUUGAAAGGCGGCAGAGUAGAGUCAAAGAGCUUGUCUAUAUUUAAGCAAAAGGUUGCGGCGAUUAUGCAGACUUUGGAUAUGCCAUUUAGCGUUUACGCUGCCACAGCGAGCGACGAAUUUAGAAAGCCUCGUAUGGGGAUGUGGAGGGAGAUGCUCGAUGACCAUGACCUAAGUGUUGCCGGUUUAUUACAUCUUGAACAAUCUAUAUUUGUUGGAGAUGCAGCAGGACGCGAGGGUGACCAUUCCUGUGUGGAUCGAGAUUUCGCAGCGAAUGUCGGAGUUCCGUUUGAGACACCUGAAGAAUUUUUCCUCGAUGAGGCUCCAAAGCCUAUUUUGAGAACGUUCGACCCAAAAGCAUACAUUGUUGACUCAUCGGCAGACGAACCAACUAUCACUUUCUCAAAAAAGAGCGAUGUCGAACUUGUCAUAUUUUGCGGGAGCCCGGGAUCGGGAAAGUCCACCUUCUACUGGAGAUAUCUAGAGCCCCUUGGUUAUGAGAGAGUGAAUCAGGACAUAUUGAAGAGUCUGCAAAAGAAUAUUUACAAGCUGGAAAGUCUGUGGCAGUCGUCGCCAUCUAAUCUCUUGCCCGAUGUACAGGAAUCGAUAAAUCCCGAGUCGCGCUCCUCCCUACCUGGAAUAGCGUUCGGUGAUUUCCAGCGCCGAUUCCAAGUACCGGUGCUCUCCGAAGGAUUUCAGGAUAUCACGCAUGUCGAAUUCAAAUUCCAAGGAACACCUGCUACGAAGGAGGUUUGGGGCCAGUAUUGGGUCUAA